AUGGCUGCUGCGCCGUAUGUGCCGCAUCAACCAGACGACAAGACUCCCGCAGAUCUCAGAGAAGCACACAACUACUACCUUACACUGCGUGCGCAGCACCCCUAUGCAGAGAACAAGAUGCUCGUUCGAAGUGUCUCGCGGGUCCUCGACUUUGACGCAUUCCACCUGGCGGAUGUGUUCCUAACGCGGCCCACUCCCCUUAUUGCGGGUGAAAAGGCCGGUUCUCUCUGGCACACGGAGAACGUGGACAAGAAGAUAGGAGGAGCCACCAAGAAGGUGGUUGUGCCGAAUGCAGCCCAUAUGGACUCUUAUGACAACGAGAAAUAUGCCAAUCCGGCCGUCAAGGAUAUCUCGGAGUUUAUGAAGGCCAAUUUGUCAUGA